AUGGAGCCGUUGGAGAUCUUGGAGAGGAGGAAGAGUGAGCUGCUGGAGCUGCAUGAUCUUGAGGGCAUCCGACGGCAGAUCGAGACGAAGAUCGGACAAGUCAAACUCCUCGACAGCCAGCAGCGAGUCCUCGAUCUCUUGACAAGCAUCGGGAAGGAAAUCGUUCCAUCAGCCAUCGCUGCUGCCAUCGCGCAGCAGAAGGAGCAGGAGCAAGAAGUUCUUGCGGCAGCAGCUCUGACUUUGGUGAAGCUGUUGAGGGUGACGCUGGUCCUGCAUAAGAACAUCCACCCCGAGUGGGAGCAGAAGCUCGAGUGGAGGAUGACGAGUCAGACCAAGGUGCUUAGCGUCACCCUGUGGGACAAAGACGAUGUGACGAGCGACAAUCUGCCACGGUGGGCAGCUUUCUGCGAAGAGGAGGAGUUAACGCUGCCACUGGACAACCACAAGCUCCUCAAGAAGCUGCGCGAAACCUGCCUCUUGCUUAGAGUCCACAAGCUGAUCGAGACAGAGUCGAUGAAGGUAGGUCGAGCAAGUCACUGA